UGUGGAAGAUUAUGGAGACUAUAGUCUCUAUAUAAUGAAUAUAUUCGUUUCUGUCUCCUACUUACUUCUAUGAUUUCUCUCUCUAGAGAAAGAGAGACUAGUGUUGCCAGUUUUUCUACGUCGUCGGUGAAGUCAAUCCUCGAGUCUGCUCUCUCAAAGUAGCUUUGCCUUCGUCCUCUUGUCCAAGGCCUCUCUCUGCUCUUUCUUCCUGGGACGUAGCUCUCUCUCUCUCACACACCCACGAACGCAGAGAUGGGAGGAGGCUCGGUGGGGUCGUCAAUGGCCGAUGCUAACGAGCUGUCGUGUCCGAUUUGCAUGAACUUGAUGGACGACGCUUUCGUCGCGGCUUGUGGACACCAACCAAUGCAGUUUGAUCUUCAAGACACUACGGAGCACAUAGAGGCCACUGAUAUUAAGCAACAUGCAGAAUCUCUGGAACCAGAGAACGAAUGCUUCAAGAAACUGAAGAAGUUUGAUGUUUCCACUACCGCUAUAGAUCCACCAUCUUCUUUGGUCAGGGGAUCAUGUUGCCAUUGCGGUCAGAGCAUUCAGCUCCGGUCGUAUGAGACACCAGCGCCACAAGCCCAAAAGGAGAAGCUAGCAGAGUUUUCAGAUUGCGCAGACAUGACAGGCCUACUUCAAAAGACUGAUUGCUUGAGGUUAGGUUCACAGGAUACUAGUCGAACAGGGCCACGCACUGUAAUGGAAGGAACGGUACUUAAAAAGGAAGAGACAGGAUAUGAUUCAAUGAAAAGAGAAGGUUGUCAAUCAGGUCUCGAGGAUUUUAAAUCAAUGUUGAGUUCUUUCAUGGAGUACAGUCAAUUGAAGGUCAUUGCAGAACUUAAUAAUGGGGUUCAUGUCGACUCUCGAAAUAUUGUCUCGAGCAUAGAGCUCAAUAAAGAUGAAGAACUGUUUGCGACAGCUGGGAUGUCAAGGACCGUUGAGGUUUUCCAUUUUUCCUCGGUGGUGAACGGAACAGCAGUGGAUCACGGACCUGUUGCGAAAAUCUCCAGAGAAUCGAAACUUAGUUGCUUGAGUUGGAAUAAGCACAUGAACAACCAAUUCGCCUUUAGUGAUUAUGAAGGCAUAGUAGCUGUUCAUGAUGUAGCUACUUGUCAGAGUAUGAUUCAAUUUAAUGAGCAUGAGAAUCGAGUUUGGUCGAUUGAUUUCUCGCACACUGAGCCUCAUUUGCUCGCUUCUGGAGGCGACGGCCGCAAGGUUAAGGUUUGGUCCACCAAGCAAGAAGCGAGUGUUCUUACCAUCAACAUGAAGGCCAACAUUUGCGCUGUCAAAUACGAUCCUGGAUCGAGCGUAUACUUAGCUGUGGGUUCAGCAGAUCAUAACAUUUAUUACUACGACUCGAGAAAUAUCAGACAAGUGCUGCAUAAACUCGAAGGGCACAGGAAGUCUGUUUCCCAUGUGGAAUUCACCUCCAGCAACAACCUUGUCUCUGCUUCUAUCGACAGCUCCUUGCGCUUGUGGGAUAUAGAGAAACGCGUUCCCCUCCGCGUAUUUAGAGGGCACUUGAAUAGCAAAAACUUUGUGGGCCUCUCGUCGAAUGGGAACUUAAUAGGCUGCGGCAGCGAAACAAAUGAAGUGGUCGUCUAUCACAAGGAUUUUCCUAGACCGGCGGCUUGGCACAGCUUCGAUUCUCCCUGCGCGGGUCACGUCGGCAAGAAUGCAGAUUUGACCUUCGUAAGCGCAGUGUGCUGGAAACGCGACAGUCCGGUGAUGUUAGCGUCGAACAGCCGAGGAAUAAUUAAAGUGCUCGCGCUUCCGUUUCAACAGAUAUAAGCGAAUCGAUGGCAAAAGAUGUUGCGAAUCUUGUAUCGAUCUAAGCAUCUGAUGUUUGGACAUCGUUGAAUCGUCGUGACAUAUAAAUAAACGGGGAAUCUGUGAUGAAGUAAUUCAGCCGUCAUGUUU